AGCUCUACCCGAUCAGUUGCUUGUGAGAGUUGCGACCUUUCUCUCCCCCUUCAGAGCUGAAGUGCGAGAGCGCGUGUGAGCGAGUGUUUCCCUCUCUCCAAUUUUUCCAAAAUCUCACUCCAAAAGAUGUCGGGAAAGGGCGCGAAGGGUUUGAUCAUGGGCAAGGCCUCGGCGGCCGCCAACAAGGACAAGGACAGCAAGAAGAAGCCCAUCUCUCGCUCCUCUCGCGCGGGCCUUCAGUUUCCAGUGGGUCGGAUCCACCGUCUACUGAAGUCAAGGACCACAUCAAGUGGGAGAGUUGGAGCAACAGCUGCAGUCUACUCUGCGGCAAUCUUAGAGUAUUUGACUGCAGAGGUGUUGGAGCUGGCUGGCAAUGCAAGCAAGGAUCUCAAGGUCAAACGUAUCACUCCCAGGCAUUUGCAGCUUGCGAUCCGAGGUGACGAAGAACUUGAUACUCUUAUCAAAGGAACCAUUGCUGGUGGAGGUGUGAUCCCUCACAUCCACAAGUCACUUAUCAACAAGUCGUCCAAGGACUAGAUUAUGAACAGAUUAGGGCCGGCAUACAUUUGCCGACUUUCGAUGCAGAAUGGAUGCUUCUCCAUGUUACUAAAAUCAUGGAUUUGUGUUCUCUUCUGCCAUGAAAGUAGAGGGGUCUGCAAUUGUGUGUUUAAAUUGUGGUUGGUCAUACUUGUUCUCUUGCUUUCGAACUUGUUAUGUUUCUGAUUAUAUCUGUUGUGGAUAAUGUCCUUGUGUGACAUUUUUUCUUUAAAUCUUAGGCUCACUUUUAGACAUUUGGUUAUUGUGUAGUAUCAACGUCUGUCUUGAAUUAGAAGUCUUGGGGACAUUUGGAUGAAAUGUAUUUGUUCCGUUGUAGUUAA